UUUUCGCCAACAUUGCGAACAGCAGAAGAAAAGUUUCGACCUUAUUUUGUUUUGAGCAUAGAGUCAAUGUUUGUGAACAUUGCUUGGUUUCGGAUCAUUCACAAUGUGUGGUUCAAUCAUAUUUACAAUGGCUGCAGGAUAGUGAUUAUGAUGCAACAUGCUCUUUAUGCCAUCAUAUGCUAAUUGAUAAACCAACAAUACGAUUCCUAUGCUUAGACAUAUUCCAUGCUGACUGCUUGGAUCAACAUUAUUCUACAUUACCCAACACAACUGCUCCAAAUGGUUAUACCUGCCCAACAUGCAAGGAGUGCAUAUUUUUUUCGAAUAACGUUAAAUCCCCAUUGGCCGAGAAUUUAAGAAAUCAUUUUGCUAAUUCAUUCAAAGACACAAAAUUUCCCUUUGAUUUGACAUUGAUUUCUCCAGAUUUUUCCCCUAAGCAAAACGAUUCCUUGCCAGCCCUUAAUCAUUCUGUCAACUUUGAUAAAGAUCCGCGCGUUAACCCCAGUGUCUAUGCCAACAAAAACAAAACUAGCAAUGACUCGGACCGUUUGACUACACCAUCAUCAAUGCUAAAAUCCGAAUUUGUUUCUCCCGGGCAAUUUAACCCCACAGUCACGCGACAGCAUCAAAAUGCCAGGCACACUAACCGCGACGAAUCGACUUUCGUGGACAAUUAUUAUCACCAGGGGAAUAGCAGGAUGGAGAUCAAGAAUGAUAAAUUGACAGAAGGGGCAGUGGCCCGAAAACUCAAAUUGUUCUUCAGGAAGUUGACUUUUAACACUGGCAAUUAUCCAAGCUAUAGAAGGCGGCUGGGCACUUCUCAAUUUAUGCUCUUGAUAUUAUCGCUCGUUUUGGCAUUCUUAUUUUUCGUGGUUUUCUUCCAUCGCACGUCAAGGUACGGUCCAUACUCGAGUGAUUUAGUCGAAAAUUUAGAAGAGGAACAAAUUCUCGAAUACGAACAAGAGAAAAAUGAUCUUUUGCAUAAUCCUAUGUUGGAUCCUUUAAAUAAUCCCAUGAUCAAGAUUAGGAGGCAUCGAUAAAUAAUUAAUUUUUAAAAAUAAAAUUCUAACUAUAAUUCUUGUAAAACCUAGAAUAAAUUAUGAUUUUAUUUAUUUGCAAUUUAAUUGGGAAAAUUAGCUUUUUUGACCUGGUUUACAUUAUUAUUAUGUUUCAUAUUAUUUCCGCAGGUAUGUAUGUACUAUAAGAAAAACAACUGUU